CUACGUCGUUAAACUGGCCCCCAUCUGUCACCACACAACAACUCGCCGUCUCAGGACAAGGCUUACGCCGUAACCAACCUUCACGACAACACAAAUACGCCAAAUCAAAGUCACACGCAACUCGAGAGAGCGCGUCCAACUCACGUCGCAGUGAGUUGGGCGUCUUCCAGUCAUGUUCAACAACGACGACGCUGUCCAAACCCCUUCCCUUCCCUCUCCCCAAGAGGACCUAGGGAAGUGGGCUUGGGUUGACGAUUUCACCCCUGCAAUGCUACCUCCAGAUUCUGGGUACUGCCAGGAUCUUGAACCCUUUGACACUCUCCAGCUCAACACUUAUAUGGCCGAACUCACAGAUCUAUCACGGGCUGGCGGGACUUUUCCCGUCGAUCCCUUUGCCGGCGCCGAGUCCAUGACGGGCACCUUUACCAGCGACCCGGGCGGCGACAUGUUCAUUGACCUCCUCAGCUCAGGACUCCCAGCCGACGCCGUCGGGCCGUACAACACCUACGCGACACCACAAAGCUCCGUCAGCAGCGGCAGUCCAACAACGCCGGUCUACGACGUCGGAUGCUUCCCCUGCCCUCAAAUCUACCAGCCAGACAUGGCUCCUCCCACGCCGGUCUCGCUGACGAGCGCCACGCCCGAGCCCAACACCUCCCCCAUCGCCUCCCCUUUCUCCCUCACUACGGGCGGCCGCGGCGCCAUCGACCCGAACACCACCCCGCAGCCCGCGCCCGGGGCCGAGCAGCAGCUCCUCACCUGCCCGGAACCAGAGUGCGGGGCCGUCUUUGCCGCGCAAGCACACCUGCGCAAGCACGCGCGCAAGCACCGCCCGCGCUUCCGCUGCCCCGUCGCCGGCGCGGGGUCGGGUUCGGGGUCGGGGGCGGGGGUGAUUACGCGGUGGUGCGCCGGCGGGUUCCCCGACUCGCGCACCCUGCGCCGCCACCUGUGGUCGCACCACGCCGCGUACGCGCGCGAGCACGGGGUGCCGUCCGAGCAGGCGCAGUGCCCGCUCUGUCCCUACAGCGGGAGGGCGGACAACCUGGCGAGGCAUAUGAAGCGGCAUGGGAGGCGGUGAGUUUUCCCCUCUUCCUGUCAAUGGGAGGGAAGGGUUAGGAGCGGAAAGGGCUCAAGGGUAAGGAACGGUAGAGAGGUUGAGCUGUGUAUAAAAAAAA